AUGGCUCCUACACGACGAACAUCCGCACAUCAGCAACUGAAGACUCCUAAUACUAUUAACGUUACACAUGCAGAACAGGCGACUGCGGAGGAGCAUAUAAUAACUCCGGUUACAAAUGAUCAUAUAGCGUCUACUUCAACCUCUGCUUUGCACUCUUCUGAGUGCCGUGGCGAUGACCGACCCGGCAGCUUUACUAAGCGUGCCAAAAUAGCAUGGCGAGGCAACCUUAGCAGGCGUUCUAAAAGAGCCUCUGCGGCAAAGAGAAAGCGGGAGGAGGAAACCGAGAUAGAGGCAUCUUUGAGUCUUUCCAGUCAAUCUCAACGGAAGCAGUAUGUUUUGUCACAUGAAACGCUUGGUGGGCGUAACUACCGUUUGUACUGCAAAUCAGUUUACACAUAUUCGUUGAAAAGUAAGAGGAAACUACCUAAACGCUUGCAAGACAACAAAAAGCGGCUUUGUCGCAAGUACUUUUGCGGUCUCCACAGUCCGCAUCGCAAAGCUACUCGCAAUGCAGCCGACGCCGCUGCAACUUCCAUUUGA